AUGGCUUUGGAUGAGGGAAAUGUGCAUGUUUUGAUAUGCACUGUUGCUUUUGGCAUGGGGAUCAAUUGUAAAAAAGUAAGACGGGUGAUCCAUUUUGGCCCAUCAAAAUCAGUGGAAUUGUAUGUACAAGAGUGUGGAAGAGCUGGCAGAGAUGGCCUCCCUAGUUCAAGUGUACCACUGUACAACGGUCUGCUGAGUAGUCACUGUGAUGCUGACAUGAAGCAGUAUCUACAAAUUGAAGAGUGCCGCAGAAGGUGGAUAAUGGAAAAGUUUGGUUCCUAAGAAAGUUCUGGGAGUUCAGACCCAAAUGUAAAGUCUCAUGACUGUUGCAAUAUUUGUGCUGGUGGAUGCAAAUGUGAUAGUGAGAACUGUGGUGAGUUUUGGAGCCCCUGUUAAGACAGCCCUAGUCUGCCUAAGCUCUCGACAGGUCCUACUAGUGACUGUGACAGCCUUGAAAUUGUGCGGACUGUAACACAAGACAGAGACACUUUAAGGAAGAAGCUUCUCGAAUUCCAACGCGAAAUGGCAAAGCAUGCUCAAGCAGACAANGAUGAGGGAAAUGUGCAUGUUUUGAUAUGCACUGUUGCUUUUGGCAUGGGGAUCAAUUGUAAAAAAGUAAGACGGGUGAUCCAUUUUGGCCCAUCAAAAUCAGUGGAAUUGUAUGUACAAGAGUGUGGAAGAGCUGGCAGAGAUGGCCUCCCUAGUUCAAGUGUACCACUGUACAACGGUCUGCUGAGUAGUCACUGUGAUGCUGACAUGAAGCAGUAUCUACAAAUUGAAGAGUGCCGCAGAAGGUGGAUAAUGGAAAAGUUUGGUUCCUAAGAAAGUUCUGGGAGUUCAGACCCAAAUGUAAAGUCUCAUGACUGUUGCAAUAUUUGUGCUGGUGGAUGCAAAUGUGAUAGU